UUUACUUACCAUGUAGAACACAUGGAUAGGGUCUUUAAACAUGAUGUAAAUACAGCUGAAGUGUGACCAUACUGUCAAUGGUGAAAAUUUAACAACUCGAAGACAGGUUUACUUCACGCAAAUUAUCUAACACUGCUAUUUAAGUACGACGUACAUUAUUGUUUUUGCACCAACGGAGAGAGCUAUGAGUGCGAAAGAACAUGAUAACAACAUUCCUGGACCUGGAGGUUCUACACAAGAAGCAAGUACAUCGGAUAAAAUAACUAGUGAGGAUGAACUUGCGAAGUUGGAUGAAAUUGAUGAAAAGGAACUUAAAUCAAAGUAUAGUCCUGAUUACAACUUGAGGAAAAAGACAAUCGUCAACAGGUUAAAGACGGAGAAAAAGAAACAGCUUCCGAAAGUUCCAAAGCCUAAAUCAUCGCCUGCUCCUUUAAGCAAAUACCGUAGAAGAGCCGCAAAUGCUCGGGAACGGGGGCGCAUGGAGGACAUUAACAGUGCGUUUGAAGUACUAAAAGAGGUUCUUCCGAAUAUUGAGGAAGGCCAAAACUUUAAAAUGACUAAAAUAACAACGCUGCGACUAGCAAUGAAUUACAUCAGCGCUCUCAGAGAUAUGGUUGGACAAGGUGACACAGACGAUUCAAUGUCGGAACUUAGUGCUGGAAUAAAUUCGGAUUUAAAUUCUGAUGGAGAUUCAAUGGGUACUCCGAGUGCUUCGUCAACGGAAGAUACAUGUUUGAGUCCUGACUCAGUAGAUGGAAAUUUUUUAACAAUGGACUUCCUUUCCGAUGUAAAAUUAGACGAGUUUGCGAGUGUUGAUACGGAAAAUCUUCUCCUGGAUUGCACAUAAAUAUUCAUCCUGAUCAAAACUAUUACUUUAUCGUGCAAAAAAAACAUUCAAAACUGGGACUUUUUUCAUAUCAAGUGUCUUCCUCAGUUUGUGUUUAUGGUAUCAUAAACGACUGAACGAGUUUUCCUCGGAUGGAUUGUUUCUCUACAUGAGCAAAAGGAAUCCGCUUGAGAUAUCGAUGGACUUUGACUUUGAAAUGUAAAACGACCUGUAUUAGAGAUUUCAAAGUUAAACAAACACUGAACAUUUCUUUGAUAGAUUACUCAGUGAAAUUUCAAAGCUAAGAAAGACAGAUAGAAAGCCACUAAUUGAAACGCUGAAAACAGCCAAAGGCGAAGCGACAAAUUGUUUUACGCUCCCACAAUGACAUCUUCAUCUUCACGGUUUUUUGCUUUGGGUUAAAAUGACAUUUUUCUGCAAAACACACUUUUCUUUAUUCUUUCAAACAAGCUUUUUUGUAUAUUAAAUGAAAUUUACAUAAAUAGCCUUUACGAUCUAACUUCAAAAUCAGUAAAAAAAAAGGUUUUUUGUUUGUUUGAAGUACAAAUAUACACGCGGUUAUUAAUGAUAGCAAACAUAUUGUUAUUCGACACUGGUACAUUUGCAAAGAGAAGAAAUCGGUGAUAUAGAAAGAAUAUAAUCGUCUCAAUGGCCUGUUUAAACGUAGUCUUUUGUGAAAGGUUUAAUUAAAGUGAUAUCUACCUGGAGUUUAUUUUGAAGACUAAGUCCAUUGACAAGGAUUUAGAGCACAGCAUGCCUUUUUGAAAGUAUCGAUAGAGGGAGAUAUAAGCAGAUUUAUAUUUAUUUAACUAGGAUCGAAAGCUCAACUGUCUCAAAUCACAAGGGGUUUCCAGCCGGGGAACAAGUGGGAAGCCCCUUGUAAAAUUUUGCACAGAAUGUCACAGAAUACGUAAUACAGAUAUGGUUUCAUUCUAAUUUAUUAAAAAAAGCAUUCAACCAUGCAAUACCAUAUACGUUUCCAUUUUCAAUUAUAUAUUUUAGUGUUUCAUAUUUAGUAUCAGCGGUGUCAUUUUAGAAGUCUGCAUAUGAGAAUAUUUACAAUUCAAAUAAAAUACUUAUCUACCUCGUUAAUCAGUAAUUGUCAAUGAUGAAGCUGGUGACAAUUACAUGAGUUUAUGUCUUGUAAUGAUCUAUUUUCAUAUAUCAGGUUCCACCAAGUUACCAAUUUGAGAUUUACCUACACUUUCUUGUAAAGGGUAAACUGGGAAAAAUGCAUGUUCGUCAAGUAGAUUUUACGAAGUUUUCUGCCCAUUUGUUAAAUUGUCUUUUCUAUUAUGUUUUAUCAUACAAAUACGGUAACAUAACCGGUAUUGUGUUUAAAAGGGUCAGUAACCAUAGGUCUAAACCCAUUGACAUGUUUUGUAUAUAUACAUAAUUCACGUUCAGCCAUUCCCAACGUGUUGUUCCUUUUCAUCUGCAUUGCAUCUUUCUAAACCAAUCAGAAAUGACAUGUUUCAAAACAUUUUGUUCUUAUUACAUCCCCUAAGAAUUUCAAGGUUUCAAACGAAAAACAAAUAGUAGGAAUACAUUACUGUGUUUGUUUUGAAAUCGUUUGUGUAGGACCUUUUUUCACCAUUUCAUGUAUCAUUUCGUUGCAUGAUUGUAUAUGUUUCUUUUGACAGUUGUCUCAGAAUUUUCGUAUAAUUGAACGUAUAUUUUUGUCGAUCAUUUAUUUAAAGGAGCUCAAAAACAUAUGACCUGUAUUAGGCAUAUUGUCUGAUUAAUUUAAAAUUGUGAAUACUUUCAAUACCUAUUUAAAAUAUACUGGAAAACUUAAUAGGUUGAAGAGAUGUUUUCCUAAUUCAUAAUGGUUCUGGUUCAUUUUAAAACAUACAAUACUUACUAAGUGUCUGUUAAAGUCACGCCAUUAACUUAAAUACAUUGAAGUGUUUACUGAAACCUGACAAAGUCAACUGAAAGUGGCUAACAGGUUCACUUACAAUGCUCAUUUUAUGUCAAACAAAAUGGCACCUUAAGUUAACGACAAUGUACACCAAAUGAUUUGAGGUGUUUUAGAUUGGGUCUGUAUUGUCCUGUGUUGAUUUUAGGUGACCGUUAUUUUGACUUUAUUGAUAUUCAUUGUCAAUGUUUAUGCUCUUUGAAGCAAGCAUUUAGCGAUGUUAAGAAUUGUAUUUCAUGUACAGAAUACAGAUUUUGUUUUGACCAUUUAUGUUUAUACUUUACAAGUUUUAAUGUUUAUAUGUGGAAAUAAAAUUGUUAUGUUUA